AUGAUUAACACCUACCACACCAGCCUGCCUCCACCGCCGGUCCCACCCCGGACGGGCAUGCACCAUGCGGCGUCGGGCCGCACCAGCCCGCCUGUCUGGUUCUUUUCAGCCGUCUUGGUGGUCCAGAUGGUGCUGACCAUUGGAGGGUUCGUCUACCUGUUCAGGAAGAACAGCAUGAUGCAAAAUGAGUUCUUGGGGAGGAGCUAUGACGACUUCAUAGUUCUCAAAAGACUACAGGAGUGUGACGAUGGAAGUCUGGACUCUAACUCGUUGUUGGACUGCAGAAAGAUCUUGGACAAAUUCAUGGCUGUGAUAUCAAAGAUAUCACAAGCUGGAGCUGUAGGAAAAGGUGCGCUGCUCUCGGGUUCGAUGCCCUUCCGUGUCUCUUCACCUGUGGCCCACAUGGUGCCAGAACGCCAGCCCAAGCCUCCCACGCCCAAAAUUGUGAUGUGGAACAGGGAUCACUCUCUGCUGGCAAAGGUGACCUACCUCUCUGGGCCGGGUGCACUGAAGAUUCUCCAACCUGGGAAUUACUACGUCUACUCCCAGGUCACCUUCACCAACACGAGCGCAACACAUCCGCUCGCCCACAGCAUAGUGCGCACGCGGACCUCUGGGGAAAAAACAGAUAUCUUACUCAGGGCUUACGCCAGCGUGAAGAGCAAAGACCAGCCGCCAGGAGCAACAUCCUUCCAGGGAGGGGUCUUCAAGCUGGAGAAGGACGAGCAGCUGUUCCUCAACGUGACGGACGUCAAAUCGCUAACCUUAGACGAGACUAGCACGACUUUUGGAUUAUUCAUGCUGUGAAUACAGUCGCCAAAAAAAACCAAAAAAACAAUCCCACUGUUAGAAUGUUGUUGUCUCCUGACGUAGAGGAAGACCUAUCAGACAGAC